GGUAGCCGGCAUUACUAUGUACCAGUGGCAUGGAGCGUAUACGCGAAGUUUGGGCCUGUUGGAGUAUGGGUGGUGCUGUGCGACACCACGACUGUACGCCCGCGUGGUCAAUAGCCUCGUGUUCUCCACUCGUUGGACUAUGUACGCACGGUUGCCCAUGACAUAUAUCGCUAUGCCGGAGGUGACAUCAACCAUGAAGUCAACGCGAAGUCCCCCCUCGGUGCAAAAAACCGUGGUGCGUGCUCCAUGAGCGGGGGUAUAAAAGAAGCCAUCUCUGAGGUCGAUCGAGCAACUACACAUCCUCGAUCGACUCGAGCACCCACAACUGUCACGAACAUCACGACUUACGACCACACAAACUAUUGAUACAUCAUGGGCGUCCUCAUUUCCAUAUUGGUGGGCACCGUCAACGCCAUCGUCGCUGUUGUUGUCGGCAUCAUCGAGCUCGUCUUCGGCGGCAUCGCCUGGUUGGUGACAGGCAUCCUCUGCUGCGGAUUCUGCAGCCCAACCGCUGGCACAGGAAUAGGGACAACUGGAGGGGCGGGAGCAGGAUACGGGACGGGAACAGGCACGAGUAGACGGUCGGGCCUGUUUGGAGGCCUUGGGCGUAGAAGGGGUGUAGCAGGUGGCUCAGGCGGGGGACUUGGCGCAGGGACUGGCGGCAUGACUGGAGGCGGCGGCAUGGGAGGUGGAGGCAUGACUGGAGGCGGCGGCAUUGGAGGUGGAGGCAUGACCGGAGGUGGUAUGGGCACCGGCAUGGGUACUGGUGCUGGUGUAGGUCCUACGACUGGCGGCCUGGGGUCGACCUACUAAGACAGUCUGAGU